CAGCAUCUUCCUGCCUACCGCUGGCAGAAGUGUAACUAUUUACCAAAGGGUGCAUAGUUCGACCAAAAUGUUGCGGCUAUCAUUAGUGUUGGUGCUCUCAGCUAUGUGCUUUGCACAAGGCUACAAAAAUGUUCGCACUGCGGACAUGGACUUCCUCCAUAAGCAGAAGAAACUCUUCGAGCUUAUGUUCUACGUUGACCAAUACGCUUUAACUGAUGCCGAAUACUUUGAAUUUGGGCGCAAUUAUGACAUCGGAAGCAACAUGGACUACUACACGGACAAGACUGUUGUACAAGACUUCCUGUACCGAUACAAGGAGAGGAAAUUCGAACGCGGAGUGUUGUUCUCAUACUACAACUAUGAAAUGAUGGAGGACAUGAUGUCCCUUUAUCGUCUCUUCUACACCGCCAAGGACUUCCAAACCUUCUACAAGACCGCUUGCUGGGCACGUCUUUAUGUCAACAAAUACAUGUUUGUGAACGCCUUCUAUACUGCCGUCAUCUACAGAAGCGAUUGCAGAUACGUCCGUCUUCCAGCUCCAUAUGAAGUCUUCCCAUACUUGUACUUCGACUCCAGAAUCAUUCAAGAAGCACAGAAAGUUAAAAUGAGCCGUGGUGCCAACUACCGCAACUAUGACGUUGGAAUGAAACGCGACUCUGCUGACACAUACAUGGUCUACUCCAACUAUACCGGGUCAUGCAAAGAAUGCUACUAUCCAGAAUACAAAAUGUCAUACUUCUUCGAUGAUAUUGGUCUCAACAGCUACUACUACUACUUCCGUAUGGUCUUCCCAUUCUGGGUCAACACCAAAUACUACGAAGUCCCCAAGCAAUUCCGUGGUGAAUUCUACUACUUUUUCCACAAACAAAUCAUGGCUCGUUACUACUUAGAACGUCUCUCCAAUGACUUGGGAAGAAUGAAGCCAUUCGACUGGUACAAGGGCAAAUUCCCCGGCUUCUACUCCAACUUGAUGUACUCCAACGGUGUCGCAGUUCCCAAACGUGACGAAUGGUACAGCUUCCCACCAUACAAAUUAGACUACUUGAAGCAAAUCGACUUGAAGGAAAACCGCAUCUAUGAAGCCAUCGACUAUGGAUUCGUUGUUGAUGAAACUGGCAAGCAAUACAACAUUUACACCCCAGAAGGUUUGAACAUCCUUGGAAACUUGAUUGAAGGAAACUUCGACACAUUCAACUACAAAUACUACGGAUCUUACGAAUACAUCAUCAGGAACUUGUUCGACUACAACAACAAAUACACUUGCAAGAAGGACUUCAUCCCAAGCUCCCUCAUGACCUUCAGUACCAGCUUGAGAGACCCAAUGUUCUACAAACUCUACGACAGAAUUCUCUACUUCUUCCAACGUUACAAGGAGAACUUGAAACACUACUCUUACAACGAAUUGUACUACCCCGGAGUCAAGAUCGAGAACUUCCAUGUUGACAAACUCGUCACCUUCUUCGACUACUAUGAUGCCACCAUCAACAACGCCGUUUCCGUUGAGAGCUUCAAGGAAGGACGUGUCUUCAACGUUAAAGCCAGACAACUCCGUCUCAAUUAUAAACCAUUCACCUACCGUUUUGGAAUCAAUAGCGACAAGGACACCAAGGUCAUGAUCAAGAUCUUCCUUGGACCCGCAUACUUCAGCGAGAAAUACGACGAAUACACCUACUUCCAAAGAAACUACAUGAACUUCUUCGAACUCGACAAAUUCGAAUACCGCCUUAAGACUGGAAUGAACAACGUUGAACGCAAGAGCACAGAAUCAACCUUCACAUCUGAUGACUACACAUCAUUCGAGACCUACUACAGGAAGAUCGUCAAGGCUGCCGAAGGCAACGAGCCAUUUACCUACAGCGAGAAAUUAUUCGGAUUCCCAGACCGUCUUCUCCUCCCCAAGGGUAAGAAGGAAGGUAUGCCAUACAGACUCUUCGCCUACGUCUAUCCAUUCGAAGAAGGCAAAGAAUACGAAUUCCCCAUCUACGGUAAAUUCUACUAUGACGGCAAGGCAUUCGGUUAUCCAUUGGACAGACCAGUGAAACCAUGGUUCUUCUCCAUGCCCAAUGUCUACUUCAAGGACAUCAUGAUCUACCACAUGAAAGAGAUGAGCGAAAGCUAUUAAUUUUUUCGUGCCUGACAAAAACGAAACAAUUCCCAAUGAAAAUAGAAUCACUUGCACAUAUCAUCUAUCAAAACUUUUCUUUUGCAAUUUUUCAUUUUAGUCAAUUACAUCAGCUAUAAUUUGAAAAUAAUGUUAUUAUUUCCAAGCAUCCAGUAGAAAAAUACAAUAGGUUUAAAUAAUGUAAAAUAUAAAUUUACGGUAAAAAAAUGUAGAGUCAAUAGCAGUGAGAGAUUCAAUGGUCUUCGUUGACUUGUUUCAUGACUGACAAUUACGGACUGAAAUGGUUAAGUUAAGCAAAAUGGCUCGUCGACUUAAAAAAGAGCUUUACACUUGGUUUAUGAACCAGUGUUAAGAUUGUUAUGUAAAAUAGUGAAUUUUCACUAAUAAAUAAAUUUUUGAACUAA